CGGAGCCGGUGCCGCAGCGCUGCCCGGCCCCGCCGAGCGAAGAUGGCGAAGGCGGCGGAGCGGGGCGGUGCGCGGCCCCUGCUCCUGCUGCUGCCCCUGCUCCUCUUGCUCCUGCUGCUGCCCGCCGCCGCCCGGCCGCCCGCCUCCUUCCCCAGCGAUGUGAACGGGCACAGCCUGCACCCGCCCUACUUCAACCUGGCCGAGGGCACCCGCAUCUCCGCCACCGCCACCUGCGGCGAGGAGGCGGCGGGCUCCGGCAGCCGGCGCGCCGUGGAGGAUCUGUACUGCAAGCUGGUGGGGGGCCCGGUGGCCGGGGGGGACCCCAACCAGACCAUCCAGGGCCAGUACUGCGACAUCUGCUCCUCUGCAAACAGCAACAAGGCCCACCCCAUCACAAAUGCCAUUGAUGGGACAGAGCGCUGGUGGCAGAGCCCCCCUCUCUCCCGGGGGCUGGAGUUCAACCAGGUCAACGUCACCCUGGACCUUGGACAGCUCUUCCACGUAGCGUAUGUCCUGAUCAAGUUUGCCAAUUCCCCUCGUCCUGACCUCUGGGUGCUGGAGCGAUCGACUGAUUUUGGCCUCACCUACGAGCCCUGGCAGUAUUUUGCCUCUUCCAAGAGGGACUGCAUUGAGAAGUUUGGCCAGCACACUGUGGACCGUAUCACCAGGGAUGACCACGCCAUCUGCACCACGGAGUACUCCCGGAUCGUGCCUUUGGAAAACGGGGAGAUUGUUGUCUCUCUGGUGAACGGGCGCCCGGGAGCCAUGAACUUCUCCUACUCUCCUCUCCUGCGGAAUUUCACCAAAGCCACCAACAUCCGCCUGCGCUUCCUGCAGACCAACACUCUGCUGGGCCACCUGAUGGGCAAAGCUCUGAGGGACCCUACGGUCACCAGGAGGUACUACUACAGCAUCAAGGAUAUCAGCAUCGGAGGGCGCUGCGUGUGCCACGGCCACGCCGACGUCUGCGACGCCAAAGACCCCAACGACCCUUACAGGCUGCAGUGUGACUGCCAGCACAACACCUGUGGUGGCUCCUGUGACCGCUGCUGCCCCGGCUACAACCAGUUCCCCUGGAAGCCUGCCACCGCCGACAGCGCCAACGAGUGCCAGCCCUGCAAUUGCAAUGGCCAUGCCUACGACUGCUACUACGACCCGGAGGUGGAUCGACACAAAGCCAGCAGGACUCGUGAGGACAAGUUUGAAGGGGGAGGUGUUUGCAUUGAUUGCCAGCACCACACCACUGGCAUUAACUGUGAGAGGUGCAUCCCUGGCUACUACCGAUCCCCCGACCACCCCAUCGACUCCCCUUACAUCUGCUACCGCUGUAACUGUGAGUCCGACUUCACCGACGGCACCUGCGAGGACCUGACCGGGCGCUGCUACUGCAAACCCAACUACACUGGGGAGCACUGCCACGCCUGUGCCGAGGGCUACCUCGACUUCCCCCACUGCUACCCCAUUCCAGCUUUCUCUCACAACAGUACUGGAGAACAAGUGCUUCCUGCAGGACAGAUAAUAAACUGCGACUGCUACGCGGGUGGGACAGAAGGCAACGCCUGUCGGAAGGACCCCCGGGUGGGGAUGUGUGUGUGCAAGCCCAACUUCCAGGGGACACACUGUGACCAGUGUGCCCCAGGCCACUACGGGCCCAGCUGCCAGCCCUGCCAGUGCUCUGGCCCUGGUCAGUACGAUGGCACGUGUGACAGCGAGACAGGGCAGUGCCUGUGCCGCACAGGGUUUGAAGGGCACUCGUGUGACCAGUGUGCUCCAGGCUACUUCAACUACCCUCUGUGCCAGUUGUGUGGCUGCAGUGCUGUUGGGACGCUGCCAGGAGGCUGUGACUCUGCUGGGAAUUGUUUCUGCAGAGCCGAGUUUGCUGGAGGAUCUUGCCAGUGCUCCCGGGAGGGGUCCCUGCACGGCACCUGUGAGCAGGACACGGGGCAGUGCAGCUGCCGCCCGCGGGUGACCGGACUGCGCUGUGACAGCUGCGUGCCCGGCGCCUACAGCUUCCCCCGCUGCGAAGUGGGCUCCUGUAACCCAGCAGGGCUGGAGACUGCAGAUCCCUCACUGGCCCCAGGCUCCUGUGCAUGUCGGGCAUACGUGGAAGGCCCAGCUUGUGACAGAUGCAAGCCUGGAUACUGGAACCUGACUCCAGAGAACCCCUAUGGCUGCCUGAGCUGCAAGUGUGACACCAAGGGCACCGUCAGUGGAAUCACAGAGUGCCGGCAGGGCGAUGGGCAGUGUUUCUGCAAAGCCAACGUGUGUGGGCAGUUCUGCUCGGCCUGCAAGGACGGCUACUUCAACAUGGAGAAUGCAAAUUACUUCGGCUGCCAAGGCUGCCGGUGCGACGUCGGCGGGGCCCUGGGACCGUCCUGCGAGGCGCGGAGCGGAGCCUGUCGCUGUCGGCAGAGCACACGCGGUCCCACCUGCACCCAACCAGCACAGGAUCAUUAUUUCCCUGACCUUCACCACUUGAAAUUCGAGCUGGAGGAAGGCACCACGCCAUCCGGCCGGGCUGUGCGCUUUGGCUACAACCCCUUGGAGUUUGAGGGCUUCAGCUGGCGAGGCUAUGCACAGAUGUCCUCCAUCCAGCCCAAGGUAGUGGUGACUGUCAAUGUGACCUCCCCCGACCUCUUCCGCCUCGUCUUCCGCUACGUCAGCCGGGGGCCCGCCAGUGUGGAAGGGAGGGUCUCGGUCGUUGAGGAAGGAAAGUUUAUGUUUGUGCCAACUAAUAAAAUCAGAGUCACUGUAGACGUGAAGGAGGCAGAGCUCUAUCUGUUCCAUGUCAUCCUGAGGUAUAUUAAUUCAGGAGGGGCUACUGUGUAUGGCAAAAUUACAGCUUAUCAGCCACGAAGGAGAGGUACAGAGCAGACCAAGCAGAUUGUCUUUGCUCCCAGCACGGAGCCAGCCUUUGUCACUGUGCCCCAGAACAGCUUCGGGGAGCCCUUCGUGCUCAACCCCAACACCUGGUCUCUGGUUGUUGAAGCACAGGGUGUGCUGCUGGACUAUCUGGUUUUGCUGCCCAGCUCAUACUACGAAGCACCAAUCCUGCAGCUGAAGGUCACGGAGCCUUGUGUCUACCAGCCAGCCCCUGAACAAGCCACCCAGAACUGCCUCUUGUACAAGUACCUGUCCGUGGAGGGCUUCCCUGCCGUGCCAGGGGUGGAUGCAGUGUGCAGGCUGGACAACAGGCUGCCCAGGCUGUGUCCCACGGAGCAGCUCACCCCUUCCCACCCCCGCAUGGCCACCUGCAGUGGCACUGAUGUGGAAGUGCAGCUGUCCCUGUCCGUGGCCCAGCCUGGGAAGUACGUGCUGCUGGUGGAAUAUGCCAACACCAACGCCCUGCAGAGCGUGGGCAUCGCCGUGAGCUCGCCGCGCUCGGCCACGCAGCAGGGCACGUUCACCUUCUACCCCUGUGUCUACAGUUUCCUUUGUCGAGGGAUUGCUGUAGAUUCCCAGAGUCGAAUGGCAACUUUUGAACUCACCUCAGAGGCCACUGUUCGUUUCACCUCUGAUCUGGCUGAUUUCUUCCUGCACAAAGUGUACCUGAUCCCUGCUGCACAGUUCACCAUGGAGCUCAUCGAACCGAAGGUGCACUGCAUCAGUGUCCAUGGCACCUUCUCAUCCAACAGCAGCUCCUGUGUCCCCUCAAGGUUCCUGAAGCUUUCUCAGUCAAUCAUUUUGGAGGGGGCCCAGGCUCUGCCCAUCGCCCCAGAGGUGCCCCUGGCUCAGGCUGUCCACGUGGCUCCCUCUGGGGUGCCAGUGGAGCCUGCUCCUCGUCCUCCCACAGCCAUGGACCCCACUGCAGAGCUCAUCCUCCUGCAGUCCCCACAGGCUGCAGUGCUGUUCAACAGCCGGAUCCAGACCCUGGGACGCUACGCCUUCAUCCUGCACUUCUACCAGCCCAGCCACCCCACCUUCCCCGUGGAGGUGCUCAUCAAUGGUGGGCGCAUCUGGCAAGGUCAGACCAAUGCAAACUUCUGCCCACAUGGCUACGGGUGUCGGAGCCUGGUGGUUUCUGAGGACCAGAUCAUCCUGGAUGUUACUGAUAAUGAUCUGACUGUGGUUGUUCGAGUGCCAGAGGGCAAGCAGCUGUGGCUGGAUUACAUCCUUGUGGUGCCUGAGGACAGCUACACCUCCCAGUACCUGCAGGAGGAACCCCUGGACAAGUCCUAUGAUUUCAUCAGCAGCUGUGGCAUCAACAGCUUCUACAUCAACCCCAGCACGUCCUCGAGGUUCUGCCGUGACUCUGCCAUCUCGCUGUCCCUCUUCUACAACAACGGGGCGCAGCCGUGCCGCUGCCACGAGGCCGGGGCGCGGGGCAGCCAGUGCCAGCCCUUCGGGGGACAGUGUCCCUGCAAGUCCAACGUCAUCGGCCGCCAGUGCUCCCGCUGUGCCACCGGCUACUGGGGCUUCCCCAACUGCAGGCCCUGUGACUGCGGGACACGUCUGUGUGAUGAAGUGACAGGGCAGUGCAUCUGCCCUCCCCACACCCUGAAGCCGGAGUGUGUUGUCUGUGAGCCCCAAACCUUCGGCUGCCACCCCCUCAUCGGCUGUGAGGACUGCAACUGCUCCCGGCCCGGCGUGCAGGAGCUGACAGAGCCAGGCUGUGACGUGGACAGUGGGCAGUGCAGGUGCAAGCCCAACAUCAUCGGGCGACAGUGUGACCUCUGUGCCCCUGGCUACUACCACUACCCUGACUGCCGGCCGUGUGACUGCCACCAGGCUGGCACCCAGGCGAGCGUGUGUGACCCAGUCACGGGGCAGUGUCACUGCAAGGAAAAUGUGGAGGGCCUGAGGUGUGACCAGUGCCGCUUGGGGACAUUUUCUUUGGAUGCCACCAACCCCAAGGGCUGCACCAAGUGUUUCUGCUUCGGUGCCACCGAUCGCUGCCGCAGUGCCGAGAAGCACCGAGCUGAGUUUGUCGACAUGAACGGGUGGCUCUUGCUGAGCAGCGACCGCCAUGAGGUGCCAACAGCUCUGAGCCCACGGGAGCAGCUCGUCACUGCUGACCUCAAAAACCUCCCAGAUGCCUACCAGGAGCUCUACUGGGUUGCACCCAGCUCCUACCUUGGGGACCAGGUUUCCUCCUAUGGAGGGCACCUUCGCUACGAGCUGCACUCCAACCCUCGCAGGGGUGACGUGUUCAUUCCCAUGGAGUCCCGGCCGGACGUGAUCCUCAAGGGAAAUCAGAUGAGCAUCAUGUUUCUGGAAGGUGCCUACCCAUCCCCAGGGGAGGCACAUCAAGGCCAGCUGCAGCUGGUGGAGGGUAACUUCAGGCACACAGAGACUCACAACCCCGUGUCCAGAGAGGAGCUCAUGAUGGUGCUGGCAAACCUGGAGCAGCUGCAGAUCCGGGCACUCUUCUCCCAGCUCUCUUCCUCCGUGUCCCUGCGCCGUGUGGUGCUGGAGAUGGCCACGGACACAGCCACGGGCGUCCGUGCCAGCAACGUGGAGCUGUGCUUCUGCCCAGCUAACUACCAGGGGGACUCCUGCCAGGAAUGUGCUCCAGGUUACUACAGGGACACCAAGGGGCUCUUCCUGGGAAAAUGCAUCCCCUGCCAUUGCAAUGGCCACUCAGAUCAGUGCCUGCCAGGCUCUGGGAUAUGCCUUAACUGCCAGCACAACACAGAAGGAGACCACUGUGAGCGAUGCAAGGAUGGCUACAUGGGCAGCCCCUCUGCCCAGGAGCCCCUGCAGUGUGUUGGGUGCCCAUGCCCUCUUUCAGUUGCCUCCAACAAUUUUGCUGUUGGCUGUGUCCACAAGGGAUCCAACAUGCAGUGCCUCUGCAAGCCAGGCUACGCUGGACCAAACUGUGAGCGGUGUGCCCCGGGAUACUACGGCAACCCCUUGGUGAUUGGCAGCUCGUGCCAGCCCUGUGACUGCAGCGGGAACACGGAUCCCAACAUGCUGUUCAGCAGCUGUGACUCCCUGACGGGCGCCUGCUCGGGCUGCAUGCACCACACGGCCGGCGCGCGCUGCGAGCUCUGCGCGCCCGGCUACUACGGGGACGCCGUGGUAGCCAAGAACUGCACACAGUGCAACUGUUCGCCUUGUGGGACUGACUCCUGCCAUCCACAAACUGGCCAGUGCUUCUGCAAGACUGGAGUGACAGGCCAGCACUGUGACCGCUGUGAGGAGGGGUACUACGGCUUUGAGGGCUGCUCGGGCUGCCGGAGGUGUGACUGCGACGUGGGCGCCGUGGGGAGCAGCUGCCACGUGCAGAGCGGCCAGUGCAGCUGCCUGCCCGGCGUCAGCGGCUCCCGCUGCCACCAGUGUGCCCCAGGCUACUGGGGCUUCGGCCAGGGCGGCUGCACAAAGUGUGAGUGCAGAGGGGGCUCCUGUGACCCUCGCACUGGGGAGUGCACGUGCCCCAACGGGCUCACGGGGAAGCAGUGCGACGUCUGCCUGCGCGAGCACGAGAUCCUGGUGGCAAACGGCCCCGACAGCAUGAAGUGUGAAGUGUGUGACAGCUGUGUCCUGCUCCUGCUGGAGGACCUGCAGAGCAUCGAGAUGUCCUUCCCGUCCAUCCGCAGCCAGCUGGUCACGCUCAACGCCAGCUCCAUCGCCUGGGCUCGCCUCCACGGCCUCAACGGCACCAUACUGGCCAUUGCUAACCAGCUCCGUGAGUACCACAGAGCCAUGAGCAGGGUCAGGCAAAGGGCUGAUGAGCUGGAGGAUGAGAACAUCGAUCUCACACAGGACCUGAAUGCUCUGCAGCACAAAAUGACCAUGACUCACAGAGAAGCGAUUCGCGUUGAGCAGCACACGAGGGACAUGUACCAGAGGGGGGAACAGCUCCUGCUGCACAUCCAGAGCAUCCAGAGGGGCAUUGCAGCGCUGGUGCAGCAGAUGGCCAGGUUUGGGGCAGAGAACGCCAGCACCACGUCCGGCGAGGAGUUCCGGCAGAAGCUGGCCGAGGUGGAAAGGAUGCUGAGGGAGAUGAAGGAGAGGAGCCUGGGAGCCCAGGAGGAGCUGGCAAGGCGUGAGCACGAGGAGGCUCAGAAGUUGCUGCAUCGGGUGAAGAGCGAGCUGCACGCCCGCUGGCAGUCCAACCAGGACCUGGUGAGCAGCAUCCAGGAGCGGCUGGCCCAGCACAGCUCCCAGCUCAUGGAUCUGCGAGAUGCCCUCAACGAGGCCGUGAACAAAACCAGGCAGACAGAGGAGCUGAACAGCCUGAACCGAAACAACCUGGAGGAGAGUCAGCAAAAGAGCCAGGAGCUCCAAAAGCAGCAUGCACUGGUGCAGGACACCCUGCAGAUGGCCAAGGACGCCCUUGCCCAGGUCUCUGACUCCCUGCAGAUGAUGGAGCGUGCAAAGGAGGCAUACGAGAAGCUGGCAGCACUGCUGGAUGGGGCCAAGCUGCCCCUGACCGAGCGGGUCAAGAAGUUCUCCCCGGCCAGCAGCAAGAUCCCCAUCGUGGAGCAGGCAGAGGAGCACGCCCGGCUCCUGGAUGAGCUCGCAAGGAACCUGUCUGGCAUUAUCCAGGACACAAACCAGGAUGGCUUUAUCCAGAGGGCAGUCAAUGCCUCCAAUGCCUACGCCAGCAUCAUUGAAGCUGUGAGGAAAGCAGAGCAAGCAGCCCACGAUGCUGACAAGGCAGCCAGCGAGGCCCUGAAGAAUGUCAUAUCAGAAAACCUCGGGGCCACCUCCAGAAUGCUGAAGAGGAACAGCAGCAGCCUGGAGGAGGCUGCAAGGAGACAGCAGAGCAAACUCAAUGGGGCUAUUAAAGGCACUCUGCAGACAGCAAAGGACAAGCUGGCUGACCUCCGUGCCAGGAAGGAGCAGCUCCUGACCCAGCUCCAGUCUGUGCAGGACAUGCUGGGCAGGGAGCAAGAGGACACAAAGGACACAAUCCAGAAUGCCAAAGCAGCUGCUGCUGAGGCCAAUGAAACAGCUGCAAGAGUGGAGGAUGCCCUGAGCACCAUGAAGAAGAACCUGGAUGAGUGGAAAAACCAGUAUGGAGGCCUCCGAAAUGAAGACCUGAACCAGGCAGUCCAGGAUGCCAGGAAAUCUGUGUCCAGCCUGGAGAGCACCAUUCCCCUGCUGCUGGAGAAGCUGAGCAGCCUGGAGAGCAGGAGGAACAAAAACGCCACCGUGUCGGAGAACAUCGUGAGGAUCCGGCAGCUCAUCACACAGGCGAGGAACGCCGCCAGCAAGGUGAAGGUGCCCAUGAAAUUCAAUGGCAGCUCAGGGGUGCAGGUCCGGACGCCCAGCAAUCUGCAGGAUUUAGCAGCCUACACAUCCCUCAAAUUCUACAUCCAAAACCCCGAGCCCAGGAGCCAGCAGGACGAGGCAGAGGAGGGGCGGUUCGUGUUGUACCUGGGCAGCCAAGAGGCCACUGGAGACUACCUGGGCAUUGUGCUCAAGGACCGCAGAGUGCAUUGGAUCUACAAACUUGGAGAUGAGGAACCAACCUCCCUGAGCGUUGAUGAGGAUAUCGGAGAGCAGUUUGUCACCAUCAGCAUCAACAGGAUCCUGCAGUACGGGCACAUGUCGGUGAUCGUGGAGAGGCAGAGGGUGCACGAGAUCAAGGGAGACAGCGUGGCCAAGGGAGAGCAGGGGCUGCUCAACCUGGACCCACGCAACGUGGUCUUCUACGUGGGGGGCUACCCCUCCAGCUUCACGCCUCCUCCUGCUUUGCGCUAUCCCAACUACCGCGGGUGCCUGGAGCUGGACACGCUGAACGAGGAGGUGGUGAGCCUGUACAACUUCCAGCACACCUUCGAGCUGGACACCGCUGCCGAGAAGCCCUGUGCCAGGUCCAAGUCCACGGGAGACCCCUGGCUGACUGAUGGCUCCUACUUCGACGGCACCGGCUACGCGGAGAUCAAGUUCGAGAGCCAGUUCGGCACAACCAAGCGCUUCGAGCAGGAGAUCCGCGUGGUCUCCUACAACGGCAUCAUCUUCUUCCUGGAGAACCAGGGUCAAUUCCUGUGUCUGGCCAUCCGGGAUGGGAAGCUGGCUCUUUACUAUGAUUUCAGCUCUGGCCUGGAGAUGGCAAAACCGAGCAACUCCUCAUCGCUCACCAUCAGCAGCACCACAAACAAAGCGAUCCAAAUUUUCCUCCUCAAAAUGAAUAACAAGAAGCGCAUCCUGGUGCGGGUGGAGCGCCUCACCAUCUUUGUGGUGGAGCAGGAGAACUCCCUGGAGAACGCUGUCUCCUACUACCUGGGGGGUGUGCCCCCAGCUGUGCUGCCCCCCAGUUUGAAAUCUCUCUUCCCCACGGGUGGGCCCAUCCGGGGCUGCAUGAAGGGCUUGAAGGCUCUUGGCAAAUACGUCGACCUGAAGCGCAUGAGCACCGUGGGCGUCAGCUACGGCUGCACCUCGGACCUGCUGAUUGCCCGCUCGAUCAGUGUCCAUGGCCACGGCUUCCUGACCCUGGCUCUGACGGAUGUGCCGGGGCUGCGGGACUUCUACAGCGGCUUCAGCUUCCAGACAAGCCAGCCUGAGGGGCUGCUCUACCACCACUCCACCCAGGAGGGGACGUGCCAGGUGUCCCUCCAGAGGGGCCAGCUGGCCUUGAACCUGCUGGGAAGCGAAGUCACCACUGACAGUGCCUAUGCAGAUGGCAGGGCCCACUACGUGGCCUUCUACAGCGAUGCCCGUGGGCUCCGGCUGUACGUGGAUGACGAGCUGCAGGACACCAGGAGGGGCCCCGGGCCCAGCCGGCGGCAGCGGCGCCAGGACGGGCGGCGGCUCUUCCAUCUCGGGGGCUCAGCAGAGCCAGGAGCCCUCAGCAACCUCACCGGCUGCAUCGGGAAUGUCUUCGUCAGGCGGAUGUCAGAGCCACAGAUGGUGGUGGACCUGCAGCAGAAUGUGGAGAGCAUCAAUGUCACCAUGAGCUGUCCCUUGGGCGAGCAGUCGCAGCAGCUCAGAGUCACUCCGAAGAAGGACAGGCGGAAACCCAAGGUGCCGGGCAAGCCUGCGCCCAAGGGCCGCCGCCACGACCAGGACGGGCUGUGCCAGCUGCACCCCCAGCCCCGCGCAGCCAGGGGCUCCUUCCGCUUCGGGGGGGCCCCGAGCAGCCGCUGGGAGUUUGAUGAGAUCCCAGCCUCCUUCGGGUGGAGGUCCCAUUUCUCGUUGGAGGUGAAGCUGAACUCCUCCAAUGGGCUGCUCUUCUACGUGGCGGGCGAGCGGGGCUCCUCCAUGGCUCUCUUUGUGUCCAACGGGCGCUUUGUUUUCCUGGUGGACGUCGGCAGGCGCCGGCUGCGCAUCCGCAGCAAGGACAAGUACCGUGACCGGCGGUGGCACACGGUCUUCUUCAGCAGAGACCAGAGCCGGGCUCAGCUGGUCAUCGAUGGGCUGCGAGCCCAGGGUGCUGCAGUGGCCACCACGGCGCUCUUCGUGGCCCAGACCCCCUUGUACGUGGGGGGGCUUCCAGCUGGAAAAGCCAAGGUUCCCAUACCGGCUGCAUCGGCCUCCAGCUUUGAUGGCUGCCUGAGGAACCCACAGCUGGACGGGAGGCCCCUGGGUCCCCCCUCACGCACUUUUGGGGUGACGCCGUGCUAUGAGGGCGCGCUGGAGAGCGGCGUCUUCUUCACCCCGGAUGGCGGCUCCAUCGCCUUAGCUGAUGCAGUGAUGACUGAGCAGGACUUGGAGGUGACACUGGAGGUGCGUCCCCGCAGUGCCUCUGGCCUCAUCUUCCACAUCGGCACGAGGAGAAGCCACCAUCUCCUGCUCUACAUGGAGGAGACCAAGGUCACUGUGAGAGCGGGCUCUGGGGCUGAUGAGUUCUCAGCAUCGGUGACAAGCCCAGCUCUCUGCGAUGGGCAGUGGCACACCAUUGCAGUUACCAAAUGGAAAAACGUAAUCCAGGUGGAUGUGGACACAGAAGGCAACCACACAGUGGGACCCAGCCAGCCUCCUGCACCCAGCACAAGGGCAACCUUCUCCCUGGGAGGGCUACCAGAGACAGACAAGGCCAGCACAGGGCUGCUCUUACCUCCCCUCCCUCACUACGUGGGCUGUGUCAGGAACCUGCAGAUUAACCAGAGGCACGUGGAGCUGCCUCGAGCAGGGGCUGCCCGGGGCUCUGUCAGCCUCAAGGGCUGCCCCGUGCUCUAAGUGCCACACCACGGACAGCCCGAGGGACAGAACGCUGCUGCGGCCCCGGCAUCACCACUGAGAGCACUGACCGUGCUCAGACACACUUAUCCCCAGUGACUGCAGGCACAGGUCUGGGCCAAACCAGAGGGGCCACAAAUCCCAGGGGAAAGGAGGGCAGGGGAGGACGGCUGGGGAGAAAGGGGCACUUUGGGGAUGUUUCACAAAUAGAACCAAAAAGUUGGAGCGGGAUGUGGCGACAGGCGCGUCCUUGCUGGGUGGUCAGGGAUCUGCAGCAGGGCUCGUGCUGCCCCGUGGCUCGUGCUGGUGGAGCACAGAGCAGCCCUGCAGCUCGUCCUGAAUCCUGUUCCCUUCACCCCACACGUACAAGGCACAUAGAUUUAGUUCACCGAACACUUGAGGCUGUUAAUAAAUGUCACAGACUGUCUGCUGAUAAAGGCUGCAGGCAGUUUCUGGUUUAUAAUAAAUGCAAUUAGGACAAACUGGAUUAAUUCCGUUGGUUUUGGGGUUUUAUAAGCAAGGGCACAUUUAACCUCCCCCCAAGGGCAGUCUCAGCUCAUCUGCUACUGCUACGCAUAGAGCUCUGCAAGGGGGAACUUGGACAAAAUUCUGUUCACAGAAUUAGCAUCUUUUUAUCAGAAUAAUUUAUAAGAAUCAAAAAAAGAACAGAAUAGGCUGGGAGAACUGCUGAGGGAAAGCAGAAAGGCACAUCCACCACUGGCUCUGCACUUGCAUUCAGCACUGGUAGUACACUGACAAAAGUCCUGUUGUGUGAAGCAAGAAACCAUUGCUUGAAAGGGAAAAAAUGGAAAGGUUACCUCCACACCUGGCCCUCACCCACGCUGGCUCCUGCUCAGCCUCCCUCAGCCCUGGUGUAGUGCAGUCUCCACUUGAAGCAGCUUUUUUCUCCCAAGACACCCAGUUCACUCGUGCACUUACACGUCAUAUAUAUAUUUGUGUGUGUAUAUAUAUCUCUGGCCACUUGGGGACAAAAUCUUGCUUCUGAAAUGGACUUGUAACUUAUAUCAUUAUAUUGUGGGUUUUUUUAUGAGGGGUAAAUAUUGUAAAAUGGGUUUUUAACAUGUCCAUCUUAAAUGUAAUUAUGACCUGUUUUUAAAGUUGUAGUAUUAAAGAUGGUCUUUGUAAAUCACUGGUACAUACUUUGGAGUCAAAUAAAGUUUUAUGUUACUCUCU